AUCAUCGGUUGUCAGGUGAGGAGGGAGCCCCCCGACUCCACGGAGCGGUACACGCGGUGGAUCAACCAGCUGGCGCCGGAGCAGCUGCUCACCCAGGUGUUCACCUCCCACGGCCCCACUGUCGUCAUGCCCACCUGGUUCUGCUCUCGCGCUUGGUUCUCCCACGUGGGCCCGUUUGACGAGGGCGGGCAGGGUGUGCCCGAGGACCUGCUGCUCUUCUACAACCACCUGCGGAAGGGCGGCGGGGUCGUGCGCGUGGACCGGAGCCUCGUCCUCUACCGCUACCACCCGGACGCGGCCACGCACUCCGUCCUCGAGACGACCAUCUGGACGCACCGAGUCCGGUUCCUGGAGGAGCGUGUCCUGCCGCACUGGGCCGCCUUCACCAUCUGGAACGCGGGCCGCCAGGGGCGCCGGCUGUACCGCGGCCUCUCGGCGGGGGCGCGGCGCAAGGUGGUGGCCUUCUGUGACGUGGACGAGAACAAGAUCAGGAAGGGCUUCUACUGCUACGAGGAUUCCGAGGAGGCGCCCAAGCCGCGGGUCCCGAUCCUGCACUUCCGAGCCGCCCGGCCGCCCUUCGUCAUCUGCGUGAAGCUGGGUCUGCCGGCGAGACACGGGCCUCCGUGACAUCGUGUGGCCAGUCCCGCCGGCUCCCCCCGCCCCCCUGCGUGCACCCGCAGCCUCCGGGGUUUCUGGAAGGAGUGACCUGAAGCCGCAGUGAGCAGGGCUCGGCCCGGGAAGGCGCCGCCGCUCUAGGAGGAGCCUCCCCCCUGCACCAGCGACCCGCAGCGGUUGGGGCGACGCGCUCCGCCCGGGGAGCCCCUCCCCCAGGCCCCCACGGAGCACAGGCCUGCGUCCCCGCCCCCCGCGUCCCCCGCAGAGGUGCCCCGCACCUGUUUCUGGCAUAUUCUGCUGCAGUGAACCCAGGCGUGCACGGGUUUGGGGCCAACGGCGGCGUCACACGUACCCUCCCCGUGUUCCGCAGCUUUUACACAACACGUUCACAGCGUGUUCCACACACGCCUGGGCCACGGGACCCUGCCGUCGUCUUUUAAUUGAGCAAGAAGCCGAGCAGCGGCGUGCCCCCGGCCUGUGUCCCCGUGCCCCCGCCCUGGGUCCAUGUCCCCAUCCCCGUAUCCCGUCCCCAUGUGGUGUCCCCACCUGUGUCCCUGUUCCCAUCUCCAUGCCCCAUGUCCCUCUCAUCUGUCAUCUGUCCCCGUGUCAUUUCCAUGACGUGUCCCCUUCCCCGUGUGGCAUGUCCCCAUUUGUCUCCAUGCUCCAUGUCCACGUGUCCCCAUCUCUAUUCGUGCUCCUGUGUCCUUGUCCCCAUCUGUCGCCGUUCCCACGCGGCAUGUUCUCAUCCCUAUGUCUGUGUCCCCAUGUGGUGUGUCCCCAUCCCCGUGCGGCAUGUCCCAGAGCACAAAUGGGCCAAGGAAGAGGAGGGCGGGGUCCGUGCACAUCCCUGAGUCGGGGUCAGGCCCCUGCAGAGGGGACGGGAUGUCACGGGGGCUCUAGGAUGAGGCACAGGCAGGAGGCCGGUGUGCCCUGGACAAAGGGGUGACGCAGAGCCGCCAGUGGGGACGCUUCCUCCCCUUAGCUCCUGAGGGAGGGGAGGGUCAGCUGCCUUCUGCAGGGAGGGACCUGGCUGGGGGGGGGCAGGGAGGGGAGUAUCUGCCUCAGAGGCCCCCCUCACCGUGGCCGGCCUCUGGCCGCGUCCCCUGCUCGUCCCAGCCCCUCCCCUCAGCAGGGAGGUCCCGCCGCACCCAGCGGACCCAGCGGACGUGCUGUUCCUCCCACAGGACCUCACCAGGGGCGAGUUCGAGGCCAACCUGCGGUCACUAAACCUGCAGGAGGGCCGGGACUUCCUUCACUUCAGCUGACGGCUGCAGGCAGCGGCUCCCAG